AUGGCAAAGGAAACUAGAUUCUACCCAUACACCAGCAACGGCGGCGCCACACUCGGCAUCUCCGGCCCCGGGUUCGCGAUUCUCGCCGGCGACACCCGCUCAACCGCCGGCUACAACAUCAACACGCGGUACGAGCCCAAGGUCUUCACAAUCCAAGACGCCGAGCGCUCCUCAAUCGUGAUCUCCGUGAUCGGGUUCGCUGCCGACGGGCACGCCCUGAAGGAGAAACUCGACCACAUCGCCGCCAUGUACAAGUACCAGCACGGCCGCAAUAUCAGUCUCCGGGCCUGCGCGCAGCGCGUCUCGACUCUACUCUAUGAGAAGCGCUUCUUCCCGUAUCAACUCCAGACUAUGGUCGCGGGGCUGGAUGCAGAUGGGGAGGGGGCAGUGUACUACUACGACCCGGCGGGGUGUAUUGAGAAGCGCACGCAUUGUGCGGCCGGGGAGGCGAGUAGUCUGAUGCUGCCGUUCCUGGACAGCCAGGUCCCCCGCCUGGGGAGGCUAGACCAGCACACGGCGGAGCAGCUGGUGCGAGAUGCGUAUCAGGGGGCGACGGAGAGGCACAUCGAGGUUGGGGAUCACUUGCAGAUGCUGGUGGUGACGGGGGACGGGGUAUCCGAGCAGAUCGUCGAUUUGAAGAAGGAUUAG